AUGGCGCCGAACGAAGCAGCCAACAACCAGGGAGGACAGCGGACUACAGCGUCCGUUGCACCACCUGCAACAGCAACGCCUACCAAUGAGCAACUCAUGGCGAUGGUGAGCCAGCUCCAGGAGCAGCUCGUCACCCUGAACAACCGCUCAGCACCGGUAGUCAAACCACCAAAGCCUGCAUUCUUUGAAGGAGCUCGAACUCAGCUUCGAAGCUUCCUGACUCAAAUGGAAAUGCAACUUCGCAUCAUUCGCUGCUCCGAGGAAGCAGACAAAGUUAUUUAUACAUCUACCUACUUAAGGGGACAGGCAUUCAACUAG